AUGGCAAAACUGCGCUCGGAAAAUACAGAAUAUCGUCGUAUUGAACGUGAACGCAAUGCACAAGCAAUGGCUAAAUUACGUUCAGAAAAUCCUGUUUAUCGUCAACAAGAACGUCAGAGAAAUCGACUAGCGAUGGCUAAAUUAAGAAGUAAUCCACUGUAUCGUCAACAAGAACGAAUGCGGAAUGCUCAAGCUAUGGCUCUUAAGCGAAGCGGUUCAAUAACAAAUAAAACAUUUGUACAUGAAUCGACCGAAAUAAAGCCGUACCAUUUUCAGGUACUUGAAACAAAUUUAAAUUCGUCUCAUAUCUCGUUUGUACCUUAUAAAGAUAGUUUAAUAUCAGUACCAGAGACGUGUUGUACACCAGAUAAAACAUCACGUCAUGCGCUUGAAAUGGCGAGAUUACGUUCGAAUCCAGAAUAUCGUCAACAGGAGAGAAUACGAAAUGCAGCUGCUAUGGCACUCAAGCGUCAAAUUGAUCCAUCAUACGGGAAAAAACAUCGUCGAAGAAAACAGAUGGAAGAGGAAGAACAACGACGUGAAUGUGUAUUACUAAAACACAUUGAUAUUUAUUGUAGACAAAGUACAGCUGUUUAG